AUGUCGUGGGCAGUGGUUGCUGUGGCGUGGUGGCUCAUGGUAUGGAUGCGGCCAGUGCACGCGUCGCAGUUUGCAUGUGAUAAGAUCAUGGUGAAUUCUGGCGCGCAUGUCUUGGACCUGAGCCCUGAAUUCGAGAAAGGCCCCAUCACUGCAGGCUGGUCACGAGCGACGCCACCGUCGACGACAAUUUCCAAUGUAACAAUGGACUUGUGCAAGCCACUGCCUCAGUUGAAACAGUUGGAUAAAGAGGAUCAGUGCCCAUACCCGACGAAUGCAUGCAUGACAGUUACGAGUCGGCGAGGCAAGCAGGACCAGAUUGUGCAAGUGGUGCCGGUAGCAGGGACAGGCGAGGGACUUCGGCUACUAGACACAGCAUCGAAUCCGGAUGAGACACUCGACGUUGAAUUGCAAUUCCAGGGUCGCGUAUGGGCUGAGAGAGAGCAGACGAUGUACCUGCGGGUGCUGUGUGGCGCUUAUUCGCAGUUGGAGAUAAAAGCGUAUGAUCCGGACGCUGGCGAACUUCAACUGCAAUGGAAUACACCACAAGCGUGUUUCAACGCCCGACGUAAACCAGCUCAGAAACAACGUCGUACCGGUUACUUCUCGCUAUGGUGGUUUAUGAUCUUUGUUGCCUUGAUGUACCUCGGUGUGGGUAUGUGGUACAACCACCAUCAAUAUGGAGCGACAGGCUGGGACCUGCUUCCCCAUCGUGAUAUGUGGCGCGAACUGCCAUACGUUGCAAGUGAUUUUUGGCGUCAUGUCUCGCGAACAUGGCAAGGUAGCACGUCCGUGGGUGGCAAUAUGGCCACAGGACGCUAUGGGUAUGAGCCCGUGUAG